AUGAAUGAUCAGUCACCGAGAGAACCGUUACUACCAGGCUCAUUCCCAGGUAAUAAUCAUGUAACCCCAACCACGGCACCUAGAGAAUUCAUGUUAAAAACAUUCGAACGAAGGUUCAUUCACAAGCUGUUAGUCAACAGGAAGAAAUAUUUUCAUACCCAUCUCAAUUCUAAUCUCGGAACACUUUUAAUUGCGUUUGCGAUCCUUGAAUUCCUCAAAGACUUGUCACUUUCCAAGUUGCUUUUCCGACUGUUUGUACAAUGCACUGUAAAAAAGAUGAUGGACCCCGAAGUGGUGAUGAUUGCCAACACUGAGCCCCUAAAAAAAUUUUCAACAUUGCUACUAUUACUAUGCAAUGUAUAUUGCCUAGCGUAUUCCUUGGUAUGUGAUUUGCCAAACCAUGGUCUGGGAGGGUUCUUGAUUGGGGAGUGGACAUUGCAAGUUAUUGGUGAAAGACCCCCCGGUCAUAAAUGGGUGUUGGUAGUGUACGAUAUGAUAAUAUUCAAUCUUCAAGCCGUUGCUUUUGCCUCGGCCCAUGAUUUUAAAAAGAAGUACCCCGUUACGAAUGUACCUGCGGAUGGAUCAGUUAAUGGUGUCACCCAUGCUGGUAAUGAUAGGGAAAAUGCCAAUGAAGCUUCCGUAAAUAACGAUUAUCUGUCCACAGAAGAAACGGAAUUACUACAACGACAACAAGAAGAUUGUGAGUAUGAUGGCAUUCAAGGGAAUGUUAUUGUAGCUUCAAUUUCUCUCAAAAGUCUUUUUUCCGAAUUCAGCAGCACAAUAUAG